AUGUUAAUGUAUGGAUUAAAGAGAGACAAUGUUGGUUUAGUAGUUGAGCAUAAUAUAGGAUAUGGAGGAUUAACUGGUUGGAAUAUUCUAAAACCAUUAAAUAGUAUAAAUUCUGUUGAAUAUCAUGGAAUUAAAAUAAAUAAUACUGAACUUGAUCAAUUGAAGGAUAGGACAAAUGAAAAUAUAAUAGUUAGCUUUUAUGCUAGCAAAAAUUUACUAAAUACUUAUCCUCAUUUAUUAAAAAAAUUAAAACAAACCGUAAAAUAUAAUAUAAAUGAAGAUGAUAGUGAUGGGAAUAGUAAUAUAUCAUGUUUUUCAUCAAUUUAUCACAAAGAAUCAAUUAUUAAGGUUAUAGAGGAAAGUGAUGUAGAAAGAAGUUCAGAUACAAAAGUAGAACCAUUUAAACUAAAAUAUGGGGAAUUAAGUGAUAAUAUUGAUACCAGCUUAUUUCCAAGUAUUGUUGUAUUAAUACAUGGAGGUGGUUUUGUACUUGGUGAUAGAUUUACUUAUGAUAUAUUACUUAAGAGACAUGCAAAUGUAUUGGGAGAUUCCCCAAACUCAAGUAUUGUUGUAUUUAUUGAAUAUAGAAAGUCACCUAAAUGGAAAUUUCCGAUUCCAUUAGAGGAUAUUAUCAUAUCUAUGGCAUGGUUACAUUCGAAUGCAUUGGAAUUUGGUUUAAAUCCUAAUAAAAUUGCUUUAAUUGGAGAUUCUGCAGGUGGUAAUUUAGUUGUUUCAUCUUUAACUUCUUGUUUUGAUAUCCAACAAAAAAAUCAGGAAAAGUCAAUAAAAUUUUGUAAAUGGGUUGAUUCAGUUAAAUAUAUUGGUUUAAUAUAUCCAGCUAUUUGUCAAAAGUGUGUAACAAAUUCAAAGCUUCAAACUGUUAAGCUUGGUUUUUUAAAUUGGAAUGCAAUGGCUUGGUUUGAAAAACAGUACCAAUCUAGUUAUAUUGAAGACCAUUUUGAUUGGAGAUCUCAACCACUACUAACACCAUCUAAUAUAUUAAAAAAACUUCCAAUUACAAAUAUUGUCUUGAUUAACAAAGAUAUAUUGCAAGAUGAAGGUUAUUUGUUAUAUGAAAUACUAAAAAAAUUGAAGGUAUUAGUUUCAGUUAGAAUUUUUGAAGGAUUUCAUGGAAUCUAUGGAAGUUAUUUAUUUAAAGGAGGAAAUGAAGCUUUUAUUUGGAUUAACGAAGGUAUAAAGUCACUUUGGUCUAAGAAAUAUUUAUAG